AUGGCAGCCACGGCGCCAGAAUCAGCGCCAGCCUCGACGGCGCAGGGAGGCAUCCCCGGCUUCACAAAGAUAUCCAGCGUGGUGUACCUCCACCGCCCAGAAGCCCGAAAGUCAUCGGCCUCCUCCUCGUCCCCCGCCAGAUCGCCGAGCCUCAUCGUCCUCGCCGGCUGGAUGGGCGCCCGCGAGCCACACCUCGCAAAAUACACCACCAGGCUGCAGGCGCUGUACCCGCGCUCGCCCAUCGUGGUCCUGCGCUCCUUUGUGCAUCACUUCACCACCAGCAUCUCGUCCCACCCGGCCGAGGUCGCAGCCGCCGUGCCCGUCAUCAGAUCCGUCCUGGCCGAGCACCGGGGGCAAGAAGGUGACGGCGAGGAACAAGGCAAGGAGCCAACCAUGCUCGUCCACCUCUUCUCCAACGGCGGCUGUGCCUCCCUCAGGCACCUGCGCGAGCAGUACGCCGCCUCCUCGCCGGGCGGGUUGCCGCCGCACGUGACGAUAUACGACUCUGCGCCGGGCAAGUUCCACUGGCGGCGCAGCGUGACCGCCUUCAUGGCCUCCGCGGCACGGAUGAGCAUCCUCGUCAGGCUGGCGCUGCGGGUCUUUUUAAACUGCCUGUUUGCUCUGUACUGGGUCACACACGUGCCCUGGGGCAGGAAGGGCUACGUCGACCACACCUGGCUCGCGCAGAAUGACACCAAGGCCAACGCGGCCGAGGUGCGGCGAGCGUACAUCUACAGCGAGGAGGAUGCGCUCGUGGACUACCGCGACAUAGAGGAGCACGCGGCCGCUGCCGUGCAGAACGGCUUCACCGUGGCGGCGUUGGAGAAGUUCAAGGGCAGCGCGCACGUUGCCCAUGUGCGGGUCGACGAGGCGAGGUACUGGGGCGUUGUCAAGGACACCUGGGAGAACCGAGCACGGCGUUAG